GGCCCCGGCGGCCAUGUUGCGCUGGGCAGGGCGGUGGGCGUGAGGGUCUCACCGCGGGGGGAGGACACACUGAGGAGAGGCGACCCAAGGAGGCCCCGCCGCCGCUCGGCUGUGUCCGCCGCGUUACCGGGCGCCGCCCCCGCCCACCGGCACCUGUUGCCUGGCGGUUCGCGCCUCUCACUCCGCGGGGCCUGGAGGCUGAACCCGAGUGUGCCCCCCUCGCGCCCCGGGGGACGGCGAGGCCGGCCGGGGUGCCCGGCGGAGCUGGGCGAGGCCGGUGCCGCGCUCGGAAAGCGCCAGGGGGGGAGCGGCGGGUAAUGGCCGGCGGCGGUGAGUCACCGCGGCGGCCCCACCUGCGUACUUAACCGCCGCCGGGCGGCCGGCGACGCACUCGCGGGCUGUGCUGCCGCCGUGGCCGGGAGCGGCUCCUUCCUCCUCCUCCCUCUCCCACCUCCUCCUCACAGGGCGCUCGGCUGAGGCGAGGCAGCCGCUGCGUGAACGUUUGCCUGAGGAGCAGGAGAAGCACCAGCAGCCCUCAAAAUGCCGAAGCCGAUCAAUGUUCGAGUGGUUACUAUGGAUGCAGAGCUGGAGUUUGCCAUCCAGCCAAACACUACAGGCAAACAGCUGUUUGACCAGGUGGUUAAAACCAUAGGUUUGCGAGAAGUGUGGUACUUUGGUCUUCAGUAUGUGGACAACAAGGGAUUCCAGACUUGGCUGAAGCUUGAUAAAAAGGUUUCUGCUCAAGAAAUCAGAAAGGAGAAUCCCCUCCAGUUCAGAUUUCGUGCCAAGUUCUUCCCAGAGGAUGUGUCUGAAGAGCUGAUCCAGGACAUCACGCAGAAGCUCUUCUUCCUGCAGGUGAAGGAAGGGAUCCUCAGCGAUGAGAUCUACUGUCCUCCUGAAACAGCAGUACUUCUUGGCUCCUAUGCGGUGCAGGCCAAAUUUGGAGAUUACAAUAAAGAUGUGCACAAGCCUGGAUACCUCAAUUCAGAGCGUCUGAUUCCCCAAAGGGUGAUGGACCAGCACAAACUCUCCAGAGAGCAGUGGGAAGAACGUAUCCAGGUGUGGCAUGCUGAACACAGUGGCAUGGUCAAAGAGAAUGCCAUGCUGGAAUACCUGAAGAUUGCUCAAGACCUGGAAAUGUAUGGAAUUAACUACUUUGAAAUCAAGAAUAAGAAAGGAACUGACCUUUGGCUGGGGGUUGAUGCCUUGGGGCUCAACAUCUAUGAAAAGGAUGAUAAGCUGACUCCAAAGAUUGGGUUCCCCUGGAGUGAAAUCAGAAACAUCUCUUUCAAUGACAAGAAGUUUGUUAUAAAGCCUAUUGACAAGAAGGCACCAGACUUUGUGUUUUACGCCCCUCGUCUGAGAAUUAACAAGAGGAUCCUGCAGCUCUGCAUGGGCAACCACGAGCUCUACAUGAGGCGCAGGAAGCCCGACACCAUUGAGGUGCAGCAGAUGAAAGCCCAGGCCCGGGAGGAGAAGCACCAGAAACAACUGGAAAGGCAACAACUAGAAAAUGAAAAGAAGAAGAGGGAGAUAAUUGAGAGAGAGAAAGAACAAAUGUUGAGGGAGAAGGAGGAGCUGCUGGUGAGGCUACAAGAGUAUGAGGUGAAGACUCAGAAAGCAGAGAAAGAGCUCUCAGAUCAGAUCCAAAGAGCCAUUCAGCUGGAGGAGGAAAGGAGACGAGCCCAGGAGGAAGCAGAACGCUUGGAAGCGGAUCGUUUGGCUGCUCUGCAGGCCAAGGAAGAGCUGGAGAGACAAACUAUGGACCAGAUAAAGAGCCAGGAACAGCUGGCUACAGAGCUUGCAGAAUAUACGGCCAAGAUUGCACUUCUGGAAGAGGCACGGAGGCGUAAAGAGAGUGAGGUUGAAGAGUGGCAAAUCAGAGCCAAGGAAGCCCAGGAGGAUCUGGUAAAGACAAAGGAGGAGCUACACCUGGUAAUGACUGCUCCGCCUCCACCCCCACCGCCCGUCUACGAGCCAGUCAGCUACCAUGUCCAGGAUAACUUGCAAGAUGAAGGAUCCGAGUACUCUGCCUACAGCGCAGAGUUCUCCAGCGAGGGGAUCAGGAAUGACCGCAAUGAGGAGAAACGCAUUACUGAAGCAGAGAAGAAUGAACGUGUACAGAGGCAACUGAGGGCGCUGACAGAUGAGCUGGCCCAGGCUAGAGAUGAAAAUAAGAGGACCCACAAUGAUAUUAUCCACUCAGAGAACAUGCGACAGGGACGUGACAAGUACAAGACGCUGCGGCAGAUCCGGCAAGGCAACACCAAGCAGAGAAUUGAUGAGUUUGAGGCGAUGUAAUAACGCUUAUAACAAGAAGGCAGGACUGUGGGAAAGGCAGAUCUUGAUGCUGUGUUCUUGUUUUGGGGUUUUUUUUGUUGUGUGUUUGUGGUUUUUUUUCCCUGAGGAGGGAGUCACUGUAUGACACUUAACAAAUGUUCUCUAAACCCAGAGGUGUUUGAAUCUCCCUUUUAUUCCAUACCUUCUAUUAAAUUUGGUAUAGUUAAAAACUCAUUGUACUGCUGAUCCUGGUAACUUGCUCAUGCCUUUGCUUAGUGCCAAAAGGCCUUAUGUCACAGCUCUCUUGAAGCAAGAAAAAUUUUAAUAGGCCGUGCUUCUAGUUGAAGAUACGUGCCCUGUGCAGGUGCUGGAUUCAGCUUGGUCUAAAAAUAAGCAACUGUGGGUGAAUUUUGUGCCAUACGUCUUUGUAUUAUUAGUUACAAGUCCAACAGUGGAAAAGACAGGUUGUAGAACUCGAGAUCUGCAAGUACCUGUAUGUACGUGUGUCCAUGUCGUUUUACACCCUGUGUUUUGUCUUGACGACCACCACCACCCUGCUCCCAAAAGAACUGACGACACCUCAGAACUACUUUGUGUAGAAAUUAGGCUUUUUCUGGUUGCUGUUCUCAAGUGGAGAAAUUCUGCGGUGAUGGCUCCGAAGUGUGGUAUAGGGACCCUGAUACCCUCCUCGCGUAACAGCUAGGCAAAUACUCUGUUGGAAUCUAAUACACUACUGUGUUUGCAUUCCAGCUUCAUUCCUGAUCAGUUAUAGUGUAGUAUUUAUAUAUAUAUAUAUAUAUAUUUAUAUAUAUAUAUAAAUAUAAAACAUGCAAUACGUGGAUUGCAAUACUAGUUUAAAAGAAAAUAGUUUUGCUCUGUAUAUUUUGUUACUUUUCAGAUUUAAUAAGACUUGCAUCUGUAAAAAUGCCUGAACAACACUGUAGUCUGAUACAGUGCAGCUGAUUAUUUGCUAUAAAGCAUUACUUGUAAAGAUCAUUUUUUUUACUUAAUGAAAAUUGUUAUAUGUACACAUGAUCCAAUAUAUACAAUUUUACUGCACCUAUUUUUCUAACAAAUUUUCUAAUUUUUUUAAAUGUUUGAUUUAAAGUUUCAGACUCCAAAGAUGAAGGGACUG